AUGGCUUUCCGCAACGGGUCGUUUGCGACCUUUCUCAUCGUGUGCCCCACCAGCUUCUUCCUCGGCAUCAUCUUCUCCCUCUUCCCCUACGACUACCCGAUCCUGUGGUCGACCACGCCGACCCCCGCCUCGCAUUAUGACUACCUCGAGGCGCACCUGCAGUUCUUGCACGCCUCGCCGCCGCUGAUUCCCCGCAUCCUGCACAUCGUCAUCUUCCUCGGACUGGCCGGCCUCGUCGCCAAGCUGUACCGCCCCAGCGAGAGCAACAUGCUGUUCGACGGCGCGUCGCUGGUGCUCUACAUGUGCGGCAUCACCGUGUACAUUGCCAACAUCGUCAAGGGGCUGCGCCUCGUCUCGGACGGGAAGUACGGCAACGAGCUGGCGAAUAACCCGGACGAUGCCGGGCAGUGGUAUGCGGAGCGGAAGGAUGCGCAGGAGUGGGAGAGCUUGAAUAAGGCUUCGGCUGGGGAAGGGGCUGCAUCGUCCGGGUCGAAGCAGAAGAAGAAGAAUAAUUGA